AAUGUUGUCUUUUGUAGCAGCGGCAUUUUAAUUGGCGCCUAGAAUGGGUUCUAUAUAAGCGCAUCAGCGGGUAUUGAGCGCAACAUUUGAGUUCUGAUCAUGCGAGCGUUUGCAGUGUUUAGUUUGUUAGCAGUUUCACUGGCCUUGAGCAACGGCUAUGGAGUAUCACAUAGCGGUGGAGGGUCCGGUGGACUAGGUUUAGGCCUUGGACUUGAUAUUGGUGGUAAAGGCGGCCUUUUGGGUCUUGGCUUAGGCGGUGGCGCUAGUUUGAGUUCGGCAUCCGCUAAUGCGGCAAGCAGUUCCGGUUCCGGUUCAGGUUAUGGUGGAAGUGGAGCUGGUGGCGCAAGUGCUGGUGGUUCUGCAUCGAGCGGGCUUGGACUGGGUCUAGGCCUUGGCGCUGGUCUGGGUGGCAGUGGUGGUGCUGGUGCUGGAGGUUCAUCUGGUGGAGGCGGCUUUGAUGGAGGUGCUGGCGGUUCAGGCGGCGCUGGUGGUUAUGGUGGCGGUAAAGGCGCAUCUGGUGGAUACGGUUCAUAUGGUGCUUCCGCUGGUAGUUCAGCCAGUGCUGGCGCAGGCGGCGGCGCCGGUGGUGGAUUUGAUGGAGGCCUUGGCGGUGGACUCGGUGGCGGUUCAGGCGGCGCUGGUGGUUUUGGCGGCGGUAAAGGUGGUGCCGGAGGACAAGGUUCAGCUGGUGGUUCAGCCAAUGCUGGCGCCGGAGGUGGAUUUGAUGGAGGCUUUGGCGGUGGACUCGGUGGCGGUUCAGGCGGUGCUGGUGGUUAUGGCGGCGGUAAAGGUGGUGCCGGAGGAUAUGGUUCAGCUGGUGGGUCCGCUAGUGGUUCAGCCGGUGCAGGAGGCUUUGGCGGUGGACUAGGUGGUGGUGCUGGUGGUUCAGGCAGUGCUGGCGGUUAUGGUGGCGGCAAAGGUAACGCCGGCGGAUAUGGUUCAGCUGGUGGAUCCGCUGGUGGCUCAGCCGGUUCCGGUGCCGGUGGUGGAUUUGAUGGAGGCUUCGGAGGUGGACCUGGAGGUUUUGGCGGCGGUCAAGGUAGCGCCGGCGGACAUGGAUCAGCAUCGGCCGGUGGUUCGGCUAACUCUGGCGCAGGAGGUUUCGGAGGUGGACUUGGUGGUGGCUCUGGCGGUGCUGGUGGUUUUGGCGGUGGUAAAGGUGGUGCCGGAGGACAUGGUUCAGCUGGUGGUUCUGCUAACGCUGGUGCCGGAGGUGGAUUUGAUGGAGGCUUUGGAGGUGGACUAGGUGGCGGUUCAGGCGGCGCUGGUGGUUAUGGCGGUGGUAAAGGUGGUGCCGGAGGACAAGGUUCAGCUGGUGGCUCAGCCGGUUCCGGCGCAGGUGGUGGUUUUGAUGGAGGCUUCGGAGGUGGACCUGGCGGUUUUGGCGGCGGUCCAGGUAGCGCCGGCGGACAUGGAUCAGCAUCGGCCGGUAGCUCGGCUAACUCCGGCGCCGGAGGUUUCGGAGGUGGACUUGGUGGUGGCUCUGGCGGUCCAGGAUCCGGUGGUGGUUAUGGCGGCGGUAAAGGUGGUGCCGGAGGACAAGGUUCAGCUGGUGGUCCAGCCGGUGCUGGUGGCGGAUUUGACGGAGGCUUUGGAGGUGGAUUAGGUGGAGGAGCUGGUGGUGCUGGAGGUUUCGGUGGCGGAAAAGGUGGAGCUGGAGCACAAGGUUCAGCAUCCGCAGGUGGUUCUGCUGGAAGUGGAUUUGGUGCCGGUGGAGCCGGUGGUUAUGGCGGCGGUAAAGGCGGUCCUGGUGGAUUUGGAUCUGCAGGCUCCGGCGGAGGUGCCGGUUUCGAUGGCGGCUUUGGUGGUGGAUUUGGUGGUGGUGCUGGCGGCCAAGGUGGUGGCGGUCACGGUCACGGUCAUAGAAAACACGGACAACAUGGCCAUGGCGCCGGCGGUCCUGGUAUAGGUCUCGGUCUUGGUCUUGGCCUAGGUGGAGGUUUGGGCGGUCCUGGCGGUUUCGCUGGCCCCGGCGGUUUUGGUGGCGGUGGUGCUGGUAGUGCCGGUGGUUUUGGCGGCAGUGGUGCUGGUGGAGCUGGUGGUUUCGGCGGCAGUGGUGCUGGUGGAGCCGGUGGUGCCGGUGGCUAUGGCGCUGGUGGCCGUGGCGGUGCAGGUGGUUAUGGCGGCAGUGGAGGUUAUGGCGGUGCGAGUAGUUCAGCUCAUUCAUCAGCAUCAUCGUCUGCAUCAGCUUCAGCAUCGGCAUCAGCAUCGUCAGGUUCCUUCAAAACAGGAUAUGGCCGAUAAGCAACACUUAGCUUUCCCAUUUACUCGCAUAUAAGUACUAUACUAUAUAAGUUUUUUAGAAAAGCAGAGAUUUUUUGUGUUCUAUUAUAGGUAGAAAUAGCAUUAUAAAUUCGCAUUGUGAUUGAGAAGUAAACGAAACAAAUGAAAUAAUUUUCAAUAAAGUAAUUUUUAACGAUAUUCAAAA